AUGACGAGACUCGCCGCAGCUCUACUGGUGUGUGCCACGCCCGUAGCUUCACUGGAGACCUCCCUCAGGGGCGCCGAGGUUUCAGCGGGAGGGGCGCGUCGCGGGCUCUCGGGAAGUAGCUAUGAGGCCUACGAGCACGUCGGCUGCUACGUCGACAACGGCAUGGUGAACGCACGCCCUCACCUGCCGCUCGUGAUGGAAACGAUGACGAACGAGAUGUGCUACGACCGCUGCCACGAGCUCGGCUCGUUCUUCAUGGGGACCCAAAAGGGCAACGAGUGUCGGUGCUCUCGCGAGGAGGACCUGGCCUACUCUGCGUUCGAUUUCGGAGUCUGCGACAUUCCUUGCGCCGGCGACUCGGACGAGACCUGUGGCGGCCAACUCACGAUCGACUUGUACAAGCUGACGGCGGCGCAGACACCGGACCACGAGGAGUAUGUGGGCUGCUGGUCGGACGCGAACGAGAGCCGCGUGAUGGAGGACAUGCUCGUGGACGAGGGCAUGACGACGGACAUGUGCCGCGACCACUGCGAGUCGUCGGACGCCGUGUACUACGCCACCCAGUACGGGAACGAGUGCUUCUGUGGGUACUCUAGCGACCCCGAGGACUACGAGACCCACGGGUUGGGCACCUGCCACAUGCACUGCGGGGGUGAUUCGGGGAGUGCUUGCGGUGGCUACUGGGCGUUCUCUCUCUACCAGUUCGGGGCCGACGGUAUGCCCGAGCCGGAUGUGCCCGAGUCGACCCCGGAACCCACCCCGGAACCCACCCCGGAACCCACCCCGGAACCCACCCCGGAACCCACCCCGGAACCCACCCCGGAACCCACCCCGGAACCCACCCCGGAACCCACCCCCGAGUCGACCCCGGAGCCGACCCCGGAGCCCGUUUCUUCUGGCGGCGGCGGCGGAGACGUGUCCGGCGGAGAAUACGGAAUCACCUUCAACGGCGAAGGGACCUACUACACUGGGACCUCGGCAGGCAACUGCGGGUUCUUCGACGACUUCCCGAGCAUCUACGAUGGCAUGACCCCAGUGGCGCUCAACGAGCCGCAGUACGGCGACUCGCUCAUGUGCGGCGCGUGUGUGGAGGGAGAGGGGACCGGAGGAGGAAGUGGAAGCGACCCGGUUGGCACCUUCAAGGGCUUCAUCAUGGACAAGUGCCCGGAGUGCUCGGAGGGAGACCUGGACUUCGGGACCGGGAAGGACGGCCGCUGGGACAUCAAGUGGAAGUUCGUGGAGUGUCCCGCCGGGGAGGAGGUCUCCUUCAAGGUCGAGCAGAAGACCGAGUACUACUGGAAGAUCCAGCCCCGCGGGACGGCCACUCCGGUCGAAUCGCUCACCAUCGGCGGCAGGGCGGCGGCGAGAACCGACGACAACCACUUCGAGCUGGAGCACCCAAGCGGUGACCCGUGGUACGAACCGCAGAUGGUGGUGACUACCACCGUCGGAGGCGUCGUCGAGGAGACGGAGAUGUCUGUUUAAGGGGAGGAGGGGAGGGACGCGCUCUCUGAUGGGAAGCGCCGCCUCCCUUGUCCUUGUAGUAGUGGCUGGCUGGCACAACGCAGCUCAGUCCCCCACGUCUUUUUCACACCGUGCCGGCCAACCCCUCCAACCGAUGGCGUUGGGCCGAGUAUUUUUAGCGGUGGACGGAAGCAUUUUUACCCUCUCGACCCAAACGAACCCGGCUUGGCGCUGUAGAUGGUGCCUUGCAACGACGGGCUGAUGAUGCACAGAUGGGAAGAGCUGUGAAACGGGCGCAUGUAGCGGCGACGGCGGCGGAGUAGAGCGGGUUGCUUGCACGGUACACGUCCUAGGAAAUAGCACCAUCGCUGUACUUACCUGUUUACAGUUGUCGGUGUGUUGUUCGUUCUUGGUGGCGGGAUCAUGAGGGUAUUUUUGUAUCUUACGACGUUGAGAUCUACUUUUUUACAAUUCUCUACUGUGUGGGUAAAGGGAAAGAGAGGGGGGAAUAUAACCUGUGGUGGUGGUCGUGCACGCAGGCAUCCAUCAAACGGUUUGUGAACGAUCAGGUGCAAGGUGUCUAGUUGUAAUCAGAUUUGUUGGGUCUUUCCUGUCGGCGGCGAUGCGGUAGGUUCCGCCUCCUCCCCUUGAAACCUUUUUUUAAACUUGGUCUGCCUAGCUGUACGAAACGUUUUCGCACGGCGUUUUUUCUCAAACCCGUAGCGUCGAGGGCGCAACAGGUUCUUCUCCGUUGGUUGCGUACACUACCGUCGGUUUCGUCUGGUUGACCUGGCGGCGGAAAACGAGAUGGGGCGCGGUAGGUGAUGAGGGUAAACGAAUUUUAGAGAGCUUCUGGUUGUUGUGGGGGAAUCUGUAGAUUGGCUUGGGUUUGUUGAACUUGCGGAAGGAAUUUGUUGAACUUGCGGAAGGAAUUUGUUGAACUUGCGGAAGGAAAAGGAUCACACAUGCAUGCGCAAGAUUUUGCUGACUGAGUGUCUUCGGGUGUAGCGGAAUGCGUCGCGAUUUCCCGAACGACCUACAAAGUAAAUGAUGCAUGUUUUUGAAUGUUUCCAGUGACGACGGGUUAUAGAGCUAGUUAGGGUAGGUGAUGACGUGUAACCAGUCAAAAUUUUUUGUUUCCUGGGCCGGUUUGAGAUGAUCGAUGCGGCUUGUGGUUGUUUGAUUGUAUGGGGUGCUCUUCUUGUGCUUUUUGAUGGGUGAAUACGUUUUUGUCUCCUCUCGCGCUUACGCAUAUUUUAGCGACUCGUGCGUGGCUUACGUCGCAUCUCGUGCCUUUUUAAUGGUCGUUUUUGCUGUUGCAGGAAAUAGGUAUUUUUCUUCUAUUGGUUACGUUGGUUGUGGGUGGACCAGUUGAGUAUUCGGUUUCGCUUGUUGGUCGUUCCUGGCCCGUCAUUGCUCUCUUUCUUCUGUAUAGCGUGCUGCUCUCGUUCCUCUUGUUUUCGUUGGUACGUACUUGAAUGAUACUCAUUGCUCUCUUUCUUCUGUAUAGCGUGCUGCUCUCGUUCCUCUUGUUUUCGUUGGUACGUACUUGAAUGAUACUUCUGUA